CAAAACCACACACAACAAUCAUCAUGAGUAAUAUAAUAAAUAAAAUAUUUCCAUCACGUCGUAAUCAAACAAAACAGUCUGGCUAUACACCUGUUGUAUCAAAUAUUGGUCGACCAUUUCAGGUGAAACAUAAUCUACAUGUUGGUUAUAAUAUGGAUACCGGACAGAUUGAAGGAUUGCCAACACCAUGGGUGAAUCUAUUACGUGGUGCAAACAUUUCACGUACAGAACAGCAAGAAAAUCCAGAGGCUGUUAUUAAUGCCUUACAAUUGGUUACAUAUGAAAUGCAACGACAGCCAGAAAAAUAUCUAGCUAAUCAAGAUCUUAUUAAUACAGAGAUACAAGAAAUUGAAGAAACAUGGCCACAAUCAAAAGAAUCAUCGAAAAUUCUUUUAGAUGAUGAUGAUUCAUCAUCCGGUGAUCAAAGUAAUAAUAAUAAAAACAGUAAUCUCUAUGAAACCGAUGAUAGUGAAGCCGAUCAACCAAUCAACAACAAUAAUACAAAUCAAUCAACUACAACAACAACAACAACGGAUAAAUUAGCAAAACAAAUAGAAAAACGUCUUCAAUUAGAACAGGAAGAUGAUAUUUUAAAUAAUAAUAAUAAUAAUAAUCAUCAUCAUCAUCAUCAUCAUCAUCAUUAUCCACAAAAUGAAAAUGAAUCGAAGAAAAAAUCACCAACUAGUCUAGAUAAAUUUGAAAAACAGCAGCAACAACAACAACAACAACAAGAACAAAAAUUGAAGAAAAAAUCUGAAUCACCAGCACCAGUCAAAAAUGUUGCCGAAAAUGCUAGUAGUGAUGGUAAUAAAUCGAAUAAUCAGCAAACAAAAGCAAUUUUACGUAAAAAAGAGAAAAAAGCCAAACAAAUGACUGAGGUUGAAGUAAAACAAGUGCUUAAAAGCAUUGUCAAUUCGGGUAAUCCACGUGUACGAUAUAAAAUGUUGAAAAAAAUUGGUUCAGGUGCAUCCGGCACUGUAUUCACAGCGUUAGAUAAUGAAACACAGGAAAAAGUGGCAAUCAAAACAAUGAAUAUUUCACAACAACCAAAACCGGAUCUUAUUUGUCGUGAAAUCUGUGUAAUGAAAGAUAAUCGUCAUGCAAAUUUGGUCAAUUAUCUUGAUAGUUAUCUAGUUGAUGAUACUGAUCUAUGGGUUGUAAUGGAAUAUCUUGAAGGUGGUCCAUUAACAGAUGUUAUUACGGAAACAAUAAUGCGUGAAACACAGAUUGCAGCCAUUCUACGUGAAAUUGUUAAAGCUAUUGCAUUUUUACAUUCAAAGGGUAUAAUACAUCGUGAUAUCAAAAGUGAUAAUGUAUUGCUUGAAAUGGAUGGCCAGGUUAAAGUGACGGAUUUUGGAUUCUGUGCACAAAUUAUGCCACAAGAAAAACGUGAAACAAUGGUCGGCACACCGUAUUGGAUGGCACCAGAAGUUGUAUCACGUAAACAAUAUGGACCGAAAGUUGAUAUAUGGUCAUUAGGUAUAAUGAUCAUUGAAAUGCUUGAAGGUGAACCACCAUAUAUAAAUGAACAUCCACUUAAAGCAUUAUAUUUGAUUGCAUCGAAAGGCAAACCAGAAAUUAAAAACAAAGAUCAACAUUCACCAGAAUUGAAUGAUUUUCUUGAUAGAUGUCUAGAAAUCGAUGUAGAUAAACGUUGGUCAGCAGAUGAUCUAUUGCAACAUCCAUUUCUGAAAAAAUGUGAAUCAUUAAAUUCGAUUGUACCGUUGAUUAAAACGGUUAAAAAAUUACUGAACAAAUGAAUGAACCAAUCCGCAGUGAAUCGAUUAUGUGGUCAGAAUCAAUGUUCCAGAAUUUUUUUUUCUAAAAUAUUAAAUUAAUGUUCAACUUCAAGUCAUUAUUAUUAUUAUUAUUAUUCCAACAAUAUUUAUUCAAAAAAAAACGAUUGAAAUGAUUUUUUUUCCUCUCGAUAUUUUUUAAUCGAAAUUCUUAUGAUUUUUCUCGUUCAUCAUUCACCAUCAUCGUCAUCAUUGUCAUCAGUCAUCGUUGAAUCAUCAUCAUUCUCGUUAUUGAAGUACAAUAUUUUUAUUCUCCGAUUGGUGAUGGGGCUAUUUUGAUAAUCAAUAAAAUUAAAAAAAAAAAUUUCCCUCUGCAACAAA